AUGGACCUUCAUUCCGCCUCGCUGCUCGGAGGGCUCGUGGUUACAUUGGCUUUUUUGCUGAUCCUGUAUUAUAAACAUUUGCGGAAGACGCGGCUGCGGCUUUCCCGGGCUUCUUUGAGUGAAAAGCUAUCUGUGGCCACUGGAUGGAUAGGCCUGACGGGAGUACGCCCAACAAUGGAAGAUGGCCACGUCAUCAAUCUUGCAUUAAGAUAUGAGGGAGAUAACUCUGAAGAUUCCUAUCCAGCGGAGAAUUGCCAUCAGCCCUCUGUUUGCCUCUUUGGAAUUUUCGACGGGCACAGCGGGACGGCAUGCAGUAAUUAUCUUAAGACAAAUUUACAGAACCUAAUAUCCAAGGAGCGAGAUGUGUUCUAUGGGGCAAGCAGCGAGGACGUAUGCGAAGCGCUCUGCAGAGCCUUCCUCGCAGCAGACUCAGCCUUUGCUGACAUCUUCUUCGCAGCCAACAAAAAGCACGGGGAUCGAUCCUCCGUGAUACUCCCCACCCCAGGCUCGACAGCAUGCAUCGGCCUUCUGAACAAAGACAUGCUCUAUGUGGCAAACGUAGGUGACUCUCGCGCAGUGCUCGGCCGUGUUAAUAACGCAGACCUCUCUGUAUUCCACGUCGACUUGAGCAAGGACCACAAACCCAACCGAUCUUCGGAAACAAUGAGGAUACUAUCUGCUGGCGGCUCCGUACAGGCAUCCCACGUGUCAUCUAAUAAGUGCCUUGUCAGCGUUGGCCCUCUUCGCGUUUGGCCAGGUGGACUCAGUGUCUCUCGCGGUAUCGGGGACUUUUCUUUGAAAGCUAACAAAGAGUUAAAAAAACAGGGAAUCCGGGGAGACCUCAUCUCUGCGUAUCCAGAAAUCAGGUAUACCGUGACAAACAUUUGCGAUCAAUUUUUAGUUAUUGCCUGCGACGGCGUUUAUGACGUUCUCAGUAGCAAGGAGGUGGUCGAAUUUGUGUACGCUAACCGACCCACAAUAAUGAUUGAUGAGAUGAAAGCGGCGAUGGGGCAUAAUACAGGUAUGGUCGUUGGCUCCCAUGUCGAGGAUGAGUUUUCGGAUUCCCCACUAGAUCAAUGCAGCUCCGGCUCCAGCUCCUGUCAAACGCAGAAUAUCACCAAAUCCAAGUAUCGCAAUCUUUUAAGAAAGGCACUGCACGGUAUAAAGCGGCUGUUUUUCCUCGUCCACCGCUUCUGUGCCGUGCUUUACUACAAGCUACUAUCCACUCCACUUAACCCCUCAGAGGCCUCAGUGGAGCUCAACGGGGGCGAAGAACCCGCCGACAACCUUGAACUCAACGAGGACAUGAUCCAGCAAGUUGAUUGUCUGUGCGCACAAAAGCUGGCCGAGAAACUCGCCCACCUUGCUCUAGAGCGUGAGGCGACAGAUAACAUAAGCGUUAUCGUGGUACUCUUCCGAUGGAAGGGAAUAACUCCAAACACCAUAGGAGGGUGGCGUGCUUAUAACCAAGUGCUCACUAUGCACUCGCUCAGGGAGGACGGAGACCUACGCCCACCAAUACCAGACCUCUCCGACGAGAGCUCAUGUAUAGCAAGAAACCACGCCGACGACGUCACUCUGUGGAUCAGCAAGGACGACCCUAGUUACCCGUUUAUCCGAAGCAAGUGA